CAUCUGUGCGGUAGGAAUGGGAAAAUAUUUAUAUCCUUAAGUUACAACACCUUUAUAUAUAUGUUACUAAAUUAAGGCUAAAAAGAAAGCAAAUGUCAGCACAGACUGCAGACCUUGGAGAGGAUCAUCUCUUCACUAUAGAGCUGUCACAGAGAGUUGUAUGAAGGGCCCAGGGGACAGACUGGGAAAAUGCUCUUGUAUACCAAGAGGAUGUCACGCCAGGUUAAACUUGGGACACAGAAUGAGGAAAAGCACGGAGAGAGAAGCUCAAACUUCGAUGAAUUCACCAGCAUUUCCUGGAUUGCCCUACAAUCUGUAGGUGCAGAACUGAUUUACUGAGACAAAAGCAGCACAGCCAGCGAAGACAAUGUCUGUUCUGUCUGCCUCAGCUUAGCAGCGCUGCCCUGCCUCCAGGUCCACAUUUGACAUUGGCCCUGUUUAUCUGUCAGGAGCAAGAAGCCAGCAGCGGAACUGUCUCUCAUGUCAUUUCUGACAUGAUGCUGCCGACACUGACAGGGAUAAUGCCGAUGAUGAUGAUGAUGAUGAAGAUGAUAUCUAAAACAGGCCAGUCACGCAGCUGACAGUCCUGCAACGCACAAACACAAACACACAUCCACAGAUUGUUUGUCCAUUAAGACAAGAGCAGAAACAGAAGGAGCUGGUCAAUGUGGAGUCAAAGGCCCUGUUUAUCUGGAGGUUCUCCAAGUACAUCUCUGCAUCUCAGGACGAGUAUACCAUCUGGACACCUGUGAUGAUAGUCCUGUAGUCCCCUUAUUGGGGCGGCGAAGAGCUUAACAAAUAGACUUCUGUGGUUUGCCCUCCAGAGGAGAGCGUUAAACAGGUGAAGCUGAACACCGCACUCAUUAGUUACACAUGCAGUCACCUGCCACUCACCAGAGACGGAUGCCAGAAUACUGAAAGUUUCCACAGCUAUUUGUGCCCACACUCGGGAGAGACACUUGAGGAAUGACUCAGACUCUGUGACUGGAUGUGAGCUCAGUGGAAUUACUGUACUGCUGGGAACUGCGGCGAUAAGAGGAGUAAUCCAGCCACAUUUCAGCCUGCGGGACAGAUCUCUCUGAAAGGAGCCGAUCAUGGCCAGCAUGGCGCUUCAGCUCCUUGGCUUCUUCUUAGGAUUGCUGGGGUUUGCAGGAACUAUAGUUGCAACCCUGCUCCCUCACUGGCGAAGCAGAGCUCAUGUGGAUGCUAACAUUAUCACAGCCACCGGGUACAUGAAGGGCCUGUGGAUGGAGUGUGUCUGGCGCAGCACUGGUAUUUACCAGUGCGAGCUGUACAGAUCUUUGCUGGCGUUGCCACCCGACCUGCAGGCUGCCCGGGCGCUCAUGGUAAUCUCCUGUCUCACCUCAGUCCUGGCAUCUCUGGUCUCUGUAAUUGGGAUGAAAUGUACCCGCUUCGCCCGGGGUUCGUUGAUUAAAUCUCCCCUGGUCCUGAGCGGUGGGAUUUGUUUUCUUUGUGCUGGGCUUCUUUGCCUGGUCACCGUGUCCUGGACCACCAAUGAGGUCAUCAAGAAUUUCUACAACCCAUUAAUUCACAGUGGAAUGAAGUAUGAGAUCGGACUGGCUGUGUAUCUCGGAUACGCCUCGGCCUGUCUCAGUCUGGCCGGGGGAAUGGUGCUGUGUUGGAGCAGCAGUGGAGACAGGUCACGGCAGAGUCCCCCCCAUAUGCAGAGGGGUCAGUCAUCACAUCUUCCCCCUGUCUUCAACAACUUACAUCCGCCUGCUCCACCCUACAGGCCCCCCAAGGCCCUGAAAGGCAACCAUGCUCCCUCGCUUUGCUCCGCUUCCAGCAGUGGCUAUAGGCUCAAUAACUAUGUCUAAGACUAAGAGGAAUACUGAAACAAUAACUGUGAGACGACAUGGACCCUUUUUUCAAUAUUUUUAAUUUUUAUGUCCUGCGUACCCAUAAAAGGAUAUCAGCUGGAAAAGAGAAGGCCCCCAUAAUGCAAAAAAAAGAAAAGUCAGAUUUGAACAGAUAUUUGACUCUGUCUUUCCUCUAACAUAAACAACCAAGAGCCUUGGCUAGUCUUAUGAAACUUUAACCCUGUAAGGCUUUUCCUAUGCACCUGAAGGACCAGGAGGUGGCAGUGUUUUGCAGGAAAUCAUCACAGAAAAGACGAUAUAAAUCAUAUUCCAUGUUCUUUGCUGUGACUCUCAUGUUAUUGGAUCAUUUAUCUGGCCUUCUUCCUAGAUGGGAUUUAACUCUUUCUGAAAGGCAGUUCCCUUUAAAGAAAAAGAUUUUAUGUCAGUACUCAGUGUUUUAAAUCAUUUUCAUGACACUGAAAAUAAAACCUGACACUAUAAGUUGUCUAAAUAUGUGCACUAGUGUUAAUAAAUGAUUAAAUGCUAUAUUAUUACUAUUGUAAGCAUUCUCUGAUGAAAGGGACUGGAAAAGGCUGUUGCAAAUUUAUGAUCACAAGUUACAUUUUCACCUUAAACCCAUGUUUGUAAAAUAAUAGAUUGUUAGAAGUUUAACACCCAGAAAACCUUUUUUGUAUGUGUUAAGUACCAGGCCUGCCUGUGAAGCUCUAUUAAAAUAUAAUUUCAAUGUU